AUGAGGAUUCCCAUUUCGAAUUCCAUGAUCCCUUCCCAGACAGAGAACUCACAAUUGCCAGCAGCAGCAGUUGCCGCUGGCUCCAGACGGCCUCUCGACGCCGCAAUUUCCACCUUCGGCAAGAAGCGACGUGCAAACAAGAAGAAGUCAGAUGUGGAGGAAAUCCACCCUGACCACCUGAUGCAGGCAUUCUUCGGUGACAGGCUGCUCUCAGUAGCAGCAAAUAGCGAUACGAGUUAUGCAGGCGGAAUGAAAGGUAUCAGCGGCAAGCGAAAACUUCGAAGGCUCUCUUCGACCACUCAACUGACUGCAAGAAACCGCACGACGUCGGCUGCCUCUACCGACCAAUAUCAGCCUGGGGAGGCACCCGAUCUCAAAAGACCGGUUCGUCAGCAUUUAUUUACCAUAUAUUGCAUGCUCUCUGGUUCGACCACAGUUUAUCCUUCCCUCUAUUUCUGUACACCGCUAGGUUGCAUUGGUGUUGUUCAUAAAUCAAAACUUGACAUUUCAUAA